CAUUAUACACAUCAAUAUUGCUUAUGCAACUCGUGAUUUCCAUAUCAGAUGUAAACAUAAUCAUUUCCACUCAGUAAAAUACGUCAACACAGAUUUCUACUAUUUUUUUAAACCAGGAGGAAAAAUAUUACGAAAUUAUACGCAAUUUACGUUAAUUGACAUUAACGAUAGAAACAACAGCGACAUUAUGAAUGUUGUAAUUAUUGAGUUUCAUUGACUGCAUCCCCUGUAGAGUAUGAAAACUCUAAUAUUCUACUGUGGCCCAUAUUGCACGUCAGCAGUUCGAGUGGUUUGACAAAUUGUUUGGAUCAAAAAUGUUUUGCAGCAAUGCCUUUAAGAGGCUAUGUGUGCAAACGCGCAGCUUGCACGUGCUGCCGUAUGGAAAAGUCAAUCGAUUUCCGUGUUCCCGUCACAUGCCUUUCGCCGUCCAUAAGCACCGGUUUCCACCUGUUGUCAACAAUGGAAGCAAUGGUUUACAGUCAUGUGAAAGAUAUUUUAGUGUUUCACCUGUUAACCGCCUACCGUUACCUCCAAUAGCAGCAAUAGUGUUGCGACCGGUUGCCAAGUUUUUUGCUAUGAUGCUAGGAAUACGUAUACGGCGCUGGUGGACGAAGCUGAGUGCAAAGGAGAAAAAACAGUUCUGGUAUAACGUACACAGACGUCGAAAGCAAAUAACCGCCAGCAUAGCUAGUGUCAUUGGUUUGUUUCUGUUAUACUGUGCUGCUCACAUGGAGUUUGACCCAAUAACCGGCAAACGUCGAUUAAUUCUGUUUACACAUCAACAAAUGGUAGAGCUGGCGAAUUCAAUUGCCAAUGAACUAUUGAGUGAAAACCAACAAUCUGUGUUAAGUACAUCACAUCCGCUUUACAAGCGAGCUAUGUCCAUAGCAAUGCAAGUAAUAAAUGCCAAUAAGCCAUAUGAUCGCUUACAAAAUCGAACGUGGUCUCUGAUAGUUGUCAACGAUCCAAGAAUUAACGCUAUGGUUUUGCCAAAUGGCAUGAUAAUUGUCUUCUCUGGGUUACUGUAUGCAGCUAAUGACCAGCAAGUAGGCGUUGUCUUGUCACACGAAAUUGCACAUUGUUUCCUCGAUCAUCAUGCAGUACGUUUGAGUCGAGAACAAUUACUUGAAAUGCUUUGGCUUAUACCGCUUACUGUAAUGUGGGCUGUGUUUCCAGUACCAGAAGCUAUUUUAGGUUACUUAUUCGGUCAUUAUUUUAAAAGUAUAGUAAUGCUGUUGCCCUAUGAACGUGACCAGGAAAUCGAAGCUGACAAAUAUGGUUUGAUGCUAGCUGCCAAUGCGUGUAUUGACGUUCGUCAGGCACCAAUUUUCUGGAAGAGAAUGGAAAAGCUUGAUCCUAAUAAUAAUGACACGUGGUGGUUGUCCACACAUCCGUCUCACAGUAAACGAGUCAAAUAUAUUGAAGAUCUUGUACCAUACGCGUUACAAUUAAGACAACAAAAUGGAUGUCCGUCCUUGGAUAGAAGUUACUGGUCAAGAUUCUCAUUGUUUUAACAAUAAUUAAGAAUUGUAGUCCAAAAAUUAUGAAUUACUAUGAUAAUUAUUAUGGUGGUGCUUUUAAUUAUAUAAUUUAGUUAACAUAAUUUUGUCAUGAAUAACAAUCAUAGUAUUUUUAUAAAUUUUAAAUAAUUUGUAUACAGUAUACAUACUGUAAACUAAAAUAUUACCAUAAUUUACUUUUGUUUUGUAUUUUAUUCUGAACUCAAAAAACUAUUCUUCAUACCCUAUGACUUUAUUAUGAUAUCUACUACU